GGAGGGGGAUUCUGCCCAGUGCGCGUGCUCGCCCGGCGGCCACCCCUUUCGUAUGUCAGCGCUCGGGGCCUCGCGCACUCCCCCGGGCUGGCUCAGUCGGGCGGCAGCAGGCGCAGGAGGCGGCGGCGGCUCUGCGAGUGGAGCAUCCGCAGCAAGGGGAGGGGGGCGCAGCAGGGAACAGCCGAGUCCGGGCUGCCUCCUCUCCCCGUCAGAGGGGGCCGAGGGCAGGGGCGACCGUCACCCCCUCAUCCAGCGUCGCCGAGCGACUCCUGCUCGCGGGGGGCGGGGGAGUCUCCAGUGGGGCCCCUCCAGCAGCCCGGCCCCCGCGCCGCCCCCCAGCCCGGAGUGCGGGCUGGGCCGGGGGGCUCUUGGCGGGCGGUUAUUGUUUUCAGCCCGGUUUCAGCGGGUGUGAAGGCCAGGGGCGUGUGUGGCGGGGAGCUCAACUGCUGACCAGAUGGGGGACGUUUGAGGGGGUUGAUUAGCUGCCCUAAUUAGCAUGAAUAAUUGGGGGGGCUGCCGUGGAUAGCUAUUGCUGGGGGCAUGGUCGGGAGCCUCCUUUCCUGUGGGUGGGUUAAUUAGUGGCCAAUUUUCUCGGGAUUAUCCCUCUUGUCUCGCCAUCCCCCCCUGGUUUCCACUGGUUUAGUUGGGUCCCAUAUGUAUAUUUUACACUGUCCCUGGCGGAGAAGGGGAGAAUUUUAAACCCUCCAUCCCCAACUUUCUAACCAUCUCACACACUCCUGCCCGGGAGGACUGAAGCAGCGGUCAGGUGUUGGUGAUUCCAGACUCAGACAGUUAGGGGUUCAGUUCUGAGGAAGCAGAGACUCGAGGGGCUUAUUGGAUUGAAUCUAUUUUGCGCAGGCUGCCACAGCUCUACAUCAGUAUCCUCACUUCUCUUCCCCACCCUCCUCUCCCCCGAGGGGGGGGAGGAGCUGGAAUCACUUCUAAUAUCCCCCACCCCCUUCCCCAACACACCUUGGUCCCUGGGGGCACAAGCCAGGCAUCACCCAUUGUAGUACCCGCUCCUUUCCUGGCCUUGGGGGCUCCAGCAGGACUCUGCUCCCUCCCUUGGAGUGCAGAUCAGAGAGGCCCUGAAAGGACUUCAUUAGCACCCUCUUCUCAGGGGGCACCAAGGGUACCAGCAAGCCUUCACCUCACUGAGAGAGCCAGGACUGAAGCACCAGUUACUGGGGGCACUGAAAGAAUCACCCGUCUUUGACAUCCGUUCAUCUCUUACCCCUUGGUCCCCAAGCCUCUGAGUUCCAUUAAAAGGAGAUCCCAGAGGUUGCAAGACUAGUCAAACAAGAUGUGCAGCUCAGUUGCUCCCAGGCUGUGGUUCUUAACAGAUCGUCGUAUCAGGGAAGACUACCCUCAACAGGAGAUCCUGAGGGCACUCAAGGCCAAGUGCUGUGAAGAGGAACUAGACUUUCGGGCCUUGGUGAUGGAUGAAGUGGUACUGACCAUUGAGCAUGGAAACCUGGGUCUCCGGGUGAAUGGGGAGCUCAUUACUGCCUAUCCACAGGUGGUGGUUGUACGUGUGCCAACACCCUGGGUCCAGAGCGACAGUGACAUCACGGUCCUUCGCCACUUGGAGAAGAUGGGCUGCCGAUUGAUGAAUCGGCCCCAAGCCAUCCUCAACUGCGUCAACAAGUUCUGGACCUUCCAGGAGCUGGCUGGUCAUGGUGUGCCUCUCCCAGACACCUUCUCCUAUGGUGGUCAUGAGAACUUUGCCAAAAUGAUUGAUGAGGCGGAGGUGCUGGAGUUUCCCAUGGUGGUGAAGAACACACGAGGUCACCGAGGCAAAGCUGUAUUCCUGGCACGAGAUAAGCACCAUUUGGCAGACCUGAGCCAUUUAAUUCGUCAUGAGGCUCCUUACCUGUUCCAGAAAUAUGUCAAGGAGUCCCAUGGCAAGGAUGUGCGUGUCAUCGUGGUAGGCGGCCGCGUGGUGGGGACCAUGCUGCGCUGCUCAACAGAUGGAAGGAUGCAGAGCAACUGCUCACUUGGCGGUGUAGGGAUGAUGUGCUCACUGAGUGAACAAGGCAAGCAGCUGGCAGUCCAGGUGUCAAACAUCCUGGGGAUGGACGUGUGUGGCAUCGACCUACUGAUGAAAGAUGAUGGCUCGUUCUACGUCUGCGAGGCCAAUGCAAAUGUAGGUUUCAUUGCCUUUGACAAGGCUUGUAAUCUAGAUGUAGCUGGUAUCAUAGCGGACUAUGCCGCUUCUCUCCUUCCCCCCGGUCGCUUGACGCGGCGUAUGUCCUUGCUCUCUGUGGUGUCCACGGCCAGCGAGACUAGCGAGCCAGAGCUGGGCCCUCCAGCUAGUGCCGCUGUCGACAAUAUGAGUGCUAGCUCCAGCUCUGUCGACAGCGACCCUGAGACCACGGAGAGAGAGUUGCUCACCAAGCUCCCGGGGGCUUUAUUCAACAUGAACCAGCUACUAGCCAAUGAGAUCAAACUCCUUGUGGAAUGAUGCCACGUGUAAAUACAUGACCAACAAAACUCUUGUAAAUUUUUUUUAAACCAACUUGCAAUGCUGUUUAUCAGAGAAGCUCAGGGAGAUGAAUGGAGUAGGGAGAGAAUUAGUCAAAAGAGUGAGAUUAAAAAGUGCAUAUUCUCUGAUUGCUGCUCUUACUUUUUAAUCCUGCAGAACAUAUGAUUGGUUUCAUUUUUUGGCAGCCAAUCUCUAGUCAGUGAUACCCAGUUCAAACCCACAUGGGGAUUUUAUUUAUGUGCAGCUGUGGUCCCAAGCUUAUCGCAGAACACGUGUAUUGAUGGGGAGAUAUUACAGCACAAUUCAUACUUCUGGUUUUGGAAUGUUAUCUUGCAAUUCUCCAAAAGCAUCUGUGAACUAAUGCAGCUGUGAACUCUCUCCUACCUCUUUAAGAGCUUGAUCUUGUGAAUUGCUUGAGUGCCUUUAGUUUCCAAGAGAGCUGAGGGUGCUUAAGGUCUGAUAUUUCAAAGGUGCUGAGCAUCUGCAGUUCCCAUUCACGUAAGUGGGAGCUGUGAAAGUUCAGCAUCUCUUAAAAUCAGCCCAUUGUGACCUUACAGGAUCUGGCCUUAAGUGAUGGGGCAGGGACAGGAAACUUGAGCUUUCAGUACAAACUUGCGACUUCUGCCAUCUCAGUAUUAACUGGCAUGUGUCCACAAAAUUGUGUCCAUAUUUGUUUAUAAAGCUUUUGAAAGGGAGUUGUUUUUUAAAUUUGUGUUUUUUAUCAUUUUAAAUCCUGGGGCAGGUAUGUAGAGGAAUCAGUCAUGUUCUCAUUCAUGGCAGAAGUGGCACGUUUUAACGAUUUUUGCACGAUUGGAGGAGAUAAACAGCAUUGUAAUGUUUGGUGUACAAAAUAAUGUUUAAUCCAAUGUGAAAAAGAAUUACACUAGUUUAAAACAAAUGUGCAUUGACUUGUAUUUGUUAGUGUUUUAGUCUUUUUGAGAGAGAGAUGCUAUGUUAAUGUUCCAUUUUUUAAUACAUGCUAGUCCAACACAUCCUUCUCUAUGCCUGCAUCUUUAACAGUGGCCAAAGUGAGAACACCACAAACCAUUUAACAAAACACUGACUUGAAGCCUGUGAAUCAUUCUUUUAUUUUUGUUGUUUUUUUCCGGGAAAUGUGGUAGGGUGUGGAGGAGGGAAAAGGUUGGUUGAAACCUCAAGGACAUUUAGGAUAAAGCUAAAGUUCCUUCAUUACCACUAUCACUAGGCAUGUAUUUUCCACAUUGAAAAUGUCCAAACUCUGAUGUCAGCUGAGUUCCAAAGCAUGGAUCCAGGGGAAAAAUACGCAGUUCUUGGCUUUGGGAAACUAUGCAGCAGAUUUUAAAAAAAUAAGGCUCAGCUAGAAUAAAAAUAUAAAAGGCCACAAGCAAUGAAUAGAUGGAUCCUGGACCCUGUGUGUGUGUGUGUGUGUGUGUGCGUGCUUUGCUUUAUUUCUUUUUGGUUUUGAGCUGUUCAGUUUCAUUUUUUCAGGCUGAUUGAUUUUCUUUCCUCAGUCCUUCUGGCUGUGCAUUUUCUCAUUCAAUUUGAGCAGUUUUGGGAAACAAAGAACCAAAACAGCAGUGUUGGGUCCAUUUUGAAGUCCCCAUCUUCCUUCUCACCACCUGCUUGUUCCUUCCCUCCUUCUGGGUUCAUAAAGCACUGGAACUAUAGAUAUAGAUAUAUAUAUAUAUAUAGAUAUAGAUAUAUAUAUGCGCCUCUUUUUAGGGAAAAAAAGUAAAACGUUUACGACUGAAAGAUGGUUUUGUGAAAAGAGGGUUUGGAGGGGGGUUUGUGUGUGUGCAAUGCUGCUGUUAUCUGGAUACUUUAAAGGAGCAUGUCCCAUGUAUCCGCUGAGGCUCUUCGCUUCCUACCCCUGUGGCCCCUCCUCAACUCUCCGCUGCUCUGCUGCUUUACCAUCACUCACUCGGAUCUUAAACAAACACAACUCAUGGACACUACGGAGAGAGACUUCAAGAGGCAAUAAACAGAACAGUAUUAACCUGCUUUCAUGGAGGUUUGAUCAUGCUUAUUUGUACAGUUUUUUUAAUUUUAAAAAGGAAUGUAAUAAAAUGAGGGUUUUUUGUAGAAUUAAAUAUUAUUAUUAAAAACAAGUGGAAGGUUGAUUGUUGAUGUUAGCUGAUGGAGUGAUCCAGAUGAUCCAGCAACAAAAGAAGUUUCAGCAGUCAAGGUCAUCUCUGAGGUUUUAUUUCUGAGCCUUCAAGUGCACAGAUUAUAACAAAAGAACACAAAGUUUUCCCUUGUAUAAAAAAUCAAAACACCCCAGCACAGGUUACAUCCAACCCAACUUUCUAGUUACUGGGUGGGAAAGCUCUGCCUUCUCACAGCUCUUCUCCCCUCAUCUGCUUACUAAGGAGCUGUUUUUAAAUAGUAUUCUGUAUUUCCUUUGAGACCCUGAUUGAGCCUGCAGUUUCCAACCCUACUUUAAUAUACACACUGUGAGCACCUGUGGGGGAUAUAAGUGAGGGACGGCAGACAAGUCAACUCCAUGCCAGCUGGAAGUAAUCAGCUAGGGCCUCUGCACUACUGUCACAGUAAAGAUAACUUGUUGGAAAGAGGCUGGUAAUAGCUGUAGGAGCUGAGCUGUCUUGAGUCCCCACAUUGCUUGAGGGAAUAAGGCUGUGGCAGCAGGGACUUUUUAAUGCAUCUUGAAGCCUUUAGAAUUUCCUACUCACACUUCAGAGUAAUACAAAUUUGUGAAGUGGUACACAUACUUUUAUUCUGAAACACACAAGCAAAUGGACUGAAGGGUAUCCUGUUGUGGCUGGCUCCCUUGUAAUGAGAUCCUCUUGUGCAAUUGGUGCUUCUUUUGCAAGAUUGGAGAAAAGUCUAUGGGUAGUGCUUGUUAUGGGGGAGGAUCAGGAGUUAAAACUUUACACACAUCCAUGUAGACAGUAAUUCUUGAUAUUGCUCACGGAAAGCCUUGCUGAGGAUUCAAAGCUUUGUCUAUUUGAAUCAAUCUUGUAUGUUCCUCUCCCCAACCUACCCAUUGUCCCAUGGUCAGUGAGAUGUAUAAAGUGGGGAAGAAAAACAGGUUUCACAUGUAAUACAACUAAAAAAAUCAAGCCUGUGCUAACCAAGAGAUGUCUCCCAUCACAUCUAAACACUACAGCUCAGCACUAUGUGCUAUGUUCUCUUCACUUCCACAUCCUAAAGAACACCUUCCAUACUCCAGUGCUUUAAUAGAGCUAACAUUACCUGUCAUAUUCUGCUUUGGAAGCUUAUAUUGGAAAGGAAACGUAAUCAAGAUACACUGAGGGUUUUUUUUGUUUUUUAAAAAGGGCUGAUACAGAUAAUGAUGGUGCAUGAGUUAAUGUGUCUAUAUUUUUUUAAGGGAGGGGAGAGAAACUUUUGUUUGCAGAAAUAAGUUUCUUAAUUUAAACCUGAUGGAAUUUGUUAUCCUGUUUGUAAGUGAUUUGGGGUGGGAGGGUCUGUGAAUUUUUCUGCUGUGUGAUUUGGUCACAUGUUUACAAUUCCUUGUUUACUGUGCUUAAUUCUGAAUUGUCUGUAUGGCUUUGUAUAUUAAGUAUUUUUUUAAUUUUUUGAUGUGUUUUAUAAAAUCGCCCCUUUCUGGAAUGCUACAAUGCCUCAUCUGUAACACAUGAUGGAAGAGUGACACUCUGUAUACACAUGGACUAUUUUUGUGUGUGUGUGUGUUCUACCCCCUCCGAGCUAUGUGGUCAUGCUUUGAUGGCUUUUCCACGCCUGCUUCACAUUUGCAAUCUUUCACGUGUGAUAUCUGCCCAGGAAAUGCCUCUGGAACUACUGUUGGCCAAAAAAAGAGGACACUUCUUCAGAUGUUUCACUGGACUUUUAAAUCUGACAUGUGAAAUCAGUAACUCUUUCUAAACCUCCUCUCUUCUUCCUCAAAUGCAAAAAGCCCUAGUUGGUUAAAUAUGUCAGGGGCCUCACGGGCUUAGAGAGACUUUGUGAAAGCAACCCGUGUGCGCAACAUCUUUCUCAUGGCUCACUCUUUUUGAGAAGGUUUAUGGGCUUUAUGGCUGGUGUGAGACACACGACCCACUCCUGUUCUCUCUAUGGAAUUGUAGGUGCUCAGACAGGAGCCAAAAAAGUCAAACAAUCCAGAGAAAAACUUCCCUUCUCCCCUUUCUGAUGGCGAGAGUGAGAGCUUAUGAAAAGUCCUUGAGAAUGUUCCUUCCUAAACUUUUCUCCCCAGUAAUGCAAGCUGGUAAAACAGUAAACGCAGCAGUUUGGUGGCAUCCAAAACCGACCUGUUGGCAGGUAAAUUCACUCUUUCUGCUCUUUUUCUUUUCUUUUCUUUUUUUUUCUUUAACCCUCACGUGUUUGCCUUUCUUCCUUCCCAUUUCCCCCCAUCCACACCCUAGUUUGAUGAAGCUUCUCAAAGGAUGUCUUCAGCAAUGAGGCUUAGAGAGCAAAUCCUACUUUCCUCCCCUUCCCCUCCUUUGUACAAGCUAGAUUUUAAGAAAAUUUUCAGGGUUUCUCCCUUAAUGUGCUCAGGUGAGCCACUGUGAGGGUGGGUUAAAUAUCAUUGCUGUGUCAGAAUGAUUGGAGGGAUGAUGUCUAACUGCACAAAUCCGACCAUCCUCUGUGUGUAUCUCUACUUUUUCCUUCCAUUAUGCUAUUCUGGCUUAAGUUUUCACAGGGUUAUGGUGCUUCCCCAGGUGCACGGUGAGCACAAAGUUUAACAGCAUCAAUUAGGAGUUGAAAGGUAUGGAAAACUAGUACUAAAAAGGUUGCAAAAUUUUAACCUUAAUCCAGAUAUGGGGGACAUGGCAAAUGGGAGAAUACCUCUGCUAAAUAGAACAACCUCUGGGCUGACUAUCUGUUUCAGGCAUUUCUAAUGAUCCCGCUAACUAUAAUAUCCAAGCAGCAAUAAAUAAUUUGCCCUUCUGUGGUACCUCCCAUCCACUGAUCUCAAAGCACUUUGCAGAUGUUGACAGUUUAGCCUCCCAAAUCCUUUGUGGGGUAAGAGAUUCCUUGUUCUACAGGUGGAGGCAAAGAGGUGAAGUGGGAAUCGGGGGGAGUUUCUAAGCAGGGCGAGUAUGACACUUCAGGCUGGCUUACAAGUGCUCCCUCAUAUAAUUUAUUUCUAGGUAUGCCUGCCCUUCUUCUGAAGAUCUUUUGUAUAUGUGAAUAACUCUGAUCUUUGUAGGCAUUAAAAAAAUUCUACUUGUGACCGUCUCAAUUUGUUUUCCUCUAUGCUCUAGAAAAGAAGAGUGUUUGUGUAUUCAGCUCAUGUGAGCUGCAAUACUCAAAACAAGAUGGGGGGGAGGAUUUUACAUAGAGCCAAAUUUUGCUCUGUUAUGCUAAUCUGAAAUAUCAGUGAAAUGACCAGAUUUUCACGGGUAUAACAGAGUAUAGAAUUUGUGCUUUAAUUUUACAUGCAAGAUAAUUGUUCAGACCUGUUAUACUCACAUUUCCAAUGCUUUUUCCUUUCAGACACACCCACUUCUCUCGUCUCACCACUGGGCAGGCCUAUUCCUUUAUUUGUGUAUAUUUUUGUGAAUCAGCUGCUGUAAGACAGAGUGUAACACUUUUCAGGCUUUCAGGCAUGUGGCUGGAUGUCUUCUGUUUUGGGGAAAGAUCUGUGGAUUUGUAAUAUUCUUCUCCCUCCCGUUGCCCUUAAGUUAACCAUAUCUGAACUUUUCUCUAGACUUUGCAGCUCCGACCCACAGCUAAUGCAUUUCUUCAAAGGUUUCUUGGUGGUAGAAAAUGUUAAGUCCUAUAGUGUUUAUAAACAGUCUUUGGUGGGAAGUGUAGAAGAGAAAAGCUGUUGCAGUCCAUUGAAGCUAAUGUCUCAAUCCUCUACUCUCCCACCCCGCCCUCAUUGCUGGAAUGGCUUUCAAAGCCUGAUAUUAAUCUUGCUUGUGUCCAGUGCUUUGCAAAGGGUGUUGGGUGAGGGGAGGAUGGAGGAGAAACUUGAAUAAGCCGUGGCACCUUAGACAAAGGGAUCCCAAUUGUGUAAUUAUGUGAGUGCUGAACAAGAACUUCUUCUAUAUGCCCUUCUGCUGCAACAGAAUAAUAAAACUGGUAGGUGGCAGUAGCAGAAGAAGGAACUAAUGUGGCUGGGACCUGCGAAACCUACAAUUCAAGGAGAGAUGGAUUGCAAAAUGUUAACUGAAGUAAGGGGGACAGAGGAGAGAGGCAGAGUCCUUGAACUGUCACUGAAUGACCUCAGAGCUCCAUGUAGCUUGAAAGCUUGUCCUUUCCACCAACAGAAGUUGGUCCAAUAAAACAUACUGCCUCACCCACCUUGUCUUGAUCUAGUUGAGUAAGUCAAGUUGGAAUGUAAUGCUGGUGAAUGGUGCUGGAUCAGCAGCCCCAGAGACCGAAAUCCUCUAUCCACAGGACAGGCAUUGUGAAGCGGCAAGAGAUCUUCCUUUCCCCUUUACGGGAACACUUUUCUCUCUCCAUUACCCUCUUGAUGAUGAAGGGAUGAGAGAACAGAACUGCAUAGGAGUGGAACGACAGCCAGAGUUUGAGAUGAGAUGAUAGCAGCCACAAUGAUGCUGCCUUUGUUACAUGGAAGAACUAAAUUAAAGUGUUGUGAAUUGUAACUCACAGAAGUGUGAGGUUCUUUUCAGUAGCUGUUUCUCUGCAAACGUAUUGUUUUCUUCCCCUGUCUUGUGAUUAAUUUCUCGAAGCGUCAGCUGAUAUCAGAAAUGUGCUGACCUCACAGCACUAGUACAGUGAAGACAGAAACCCGUAACUAACUCCAAGAUCUUUUAAAGAUACAGGAUGGAGAAUUUGUAUUUCCCCAGCAUGUUUCAUUUUGAAGGAUGCCAAAACAUUUAUGGAGUGGGCAUGGGGUAGAGUUGUGAUGAAUUUACUUUCUCAAAUGCUUUAGAAACCAAACAUCAGGUCUUCAGUUUUAUCAGAUCUCUGCUAUAAAUGCAGAUAAUAAAACAAGUGACUUAAAAGAAACAAACAAACAAAAAAACCCAACAUGUUUAUUCUAGCAGAGUUUAAAAG